UAUUGACUUCAGAUACACCGGGCGGGGUUUUGUUUUCUUCAUCAUGAUCCAGAAUAAAAGGUCCGUAGGAAGCGACUCAAGUCACUAUCGCUAUCCACCCAUCUCCGUGUAUAGGAUUAACCAAACUCCAACUUGGAAUUUAUUAGAUGGAAGCAGUUUAACCCGCCUUUUUCUGUCCUUUUUUGUCUAUGGCCAACCUCCAGGGGUGUGGUACAAUCGCGCUAUUCAAUUAAUCAGCUUACUUACGAGAAGCGUGCUAACAAUACUUGAACUUACUGCUGUGAUGAUUCGGAUCCCAUAAUUGAUUACGUUUUUCCCUGUGAUGGGUGUGUGAAAUGACUAUGAUAAGACUUUUUGGCACAUAAUUUUGGUGUGAAGCAUCAGCCAAUACCCCUGUCGGGUUGAUCCAUUAGAGGUUUUUGCUGGCCCCGCGCAUAUUCUAAGUUCAAACCUUUGCGCACAGGAUGUCCAUACUACAAACUGAGCCAUUCUCCCUCACUCGGGCUUCGAGAAGCGACAAGUUGUAUUUUGAAAAUGUUCCUUAAAUGAAGACAGAGGUGGCUGGUAGCUCUCAAUGUGGCCCCCAGAUCCCAGCCAGUUUGGCAUUUCUGGGCGCCAGCGCCGUAAAAAGGCUUCGGCAUGCUUGGUUCACAGCCGCUAGUCAACGCAAUAGCAAUUCCCGAAAUCUUUUUUCCCAUCAACCAGGAAGACGGACAACCAAAUGGCGAGCGAGCAGCACCAAUGAACGAAAGUGCGAUAAGAAGAAGAUAGCUACGUCUACGAGUAGUAGCUGUGGGUCAGUUAGGAUGCCGCGUGACUGAUCACCUUCCCUUCCCUCUAGCAACUACCCCGUAUUCCCACACAGUGUGUUUGUACAAUGACUGGAAGGGAACGAGAGUUUCAGCACACGGCAUACCAGAUCUGAGUCCGAACGACGAUCUUCGCCAAAUCAGACUUCUUCCAGCACUCCCUAGCUUCGCAUAGCUGCACAAAUGGCUGCACUAUACCCGCCGCCGUUGUGCUGCCACCCCGCGGGGAAAGGUAAGCUCAUCCCCCACACCCGGGCACAGCUAGCCUCAAAGCUUGGGUUCGGUGCGUAUAUUAGACGUCAAUGUCUUCCGUGCUUUGCUUCUCUCACCUUUGACGCCUUUGUUUGCAACUUGGGCUUUCUCGUUGAGCAAUUUACGUCCGUUCCACUCACUGCAGAGAGGAUCCGACAUGCGCUUCUCACCAGACAAGAUGCAGGACGAGAAGAUCGAGCGAACGCCCCGCGAUGGCGCCGAUCCCGACAAUGGCUUCGUCGCAGAUGAAGAGAUGAUGGGACAAGAUGGAACACACCUUACGCGAGAGGUUCUUUGGAAGAUGGAUGUUCGCAUCCUACCGUCCCUCGCUCUCUUGUUUCUCUGCUCUUUCAUCGAUCGCACGAAUGUCGGCAAUGCGAAGAUUCUGGGGCUGCAAGCUGAUACACAUAUGACGGAUCAUGAAUAUGCGAUUGGCUUGUGUGCGUUUUACGCCACCUAUAUCGCCAGCGAGCUUCCGAGCAAUCUCGUUCUCAAGAAGAUGUCUCCAAAGAUAUGGCUACCUCUAUUGACGUCAGCCUGGGGGAUCUUGACUAUGUGCCUAGGGUUUGUAGGGAGUUUUGGAUCCUUCGUAGCCGUUCGGGCGCUUCUCGGUAUUGCUGAAGGCGGCCUGUUGCCAGGGAUGGUACUCUACCUCUCUCACUUCUACCAACGAACCGAACUCGCUCUUCGCAUCGGAAUCUUUUACACCGCGGCCUCACUCUCAGGAGCCUUCGGGGGUCUCCUAGCCCGCGGCCUUAACGCCAUCGGACAUGCUGGAGGACUAGCAGGCUGGCGUUGGAUCUUCAUCAUUGAAGGCCUACUCACCGUUUUAGCUGGAGUGCUAUGCUACCUCGCGCUACCAAACUCCAUUGAAACAGCGACUUUCCUCAGCGCCCCACAGAGAGCGCACGCCCGGGAGCGCAUGGACUCGCAAAACGCAUCUCACGAACCCUUCUCGUGGUCCGAAGUGCGUCGCGGCAUCUUCAACGUGCAAGUCUGGCUUUCGGCAACCGCUUACUUCGCCAUCCUCUGUGGACUGUACUCAUUCGGUCUUUUCCUCCCUACGAUUAUCAAUUCAUUGAAAUUCGCGUCGGAUCCAAACCAAGCGCAGCUAUGGACUGUCAUUCCCUACGCUGUAGCAGCCGUCUGCACAGUCUUUGUCGCCAUCAUAUCUGAUCGUCUCGCCCUGCGCGGACCCAUCAUGCUACUCACCCUUCCUAUCGCCAUCAUUGGCUACGCUGUGAUUAGUGUCAGCACAAAUGCGAAGGUCCAAUAUGGCAUGACGUUCAUGAUGGCGACCGGCAUGUAUGCGUCCGUUCCCUGUAUCCUCUCAUGGAACAGCAACAACUCCGCAGGGCACUACAAAAGGGCGACCACUUCCGCGCUGCAGCUUGCUAUUGCGAAUGCAGGUGGCUUCGUGGCGAGCUUUGUGUAUCAAAAGAAGGAAGGUCCCAAUUUCCAUAAAAGCCAUCGGAUUAUGUUGGGCUUGCUUUGUGCAGCCUGGGCGCUCAUUGCGUGCAACAUCCUUUGGGUCCACAAGAUCAACCGCGACAAGGCGGCUGGGAAGUACGCGGAGUUCGAGGGCAAAGGUGACGAUCGCGAUCCGGAAUUCAAGAUGGUGCUAUAG